AUGUUGUACAUGUAUUCCGACGUGUUUGUGAGUUUCAGAAGAGAAGAUUCUUCUCUGCGUAAGAAUUUUCUCAGUCAUCUCCUUCGUGAGUUUUCUCGAACUGGCAUCAGAAGUUGUAUGGACGAGGAUGAAGACAAGGAGAAAGAGAGAGGGAGGCAGAUUUCACCUUCCUCUCUCCGCGCAAUUUCAGAGUGGAGAGUCUCGGUGGUUAUAUUAUCGAAGAACUACGCGUCGUCUGCCUGUACUUUAGAUGAACUGGUCAAGAUUAUGGGUUCUGCUCUGAAUAAAUCGAUGAUAGUAGUCCCGGUCUUCUACGAGGUUGAUUCGUCUGAUUUGUUAAGCAGCUCCAAUGAGGAUUUUGAGAGACAUGGUCAACUAGAGAAUCCAGAUAUGUUGCAGAAGUGGAGAUACGCUUUGAGACAAUUGACCACCAUUAAACCGGGCUUCUCCUCCCUUGAUUGGGAGGAUGACUCGAAGCUGGUUCGCAAAAUUACACGUCACGUUUCUGCUUUGUUGUCUCAAUCUCGUUUCCACAAGGGGUUGCUUCCGGGAAACGCAUGUGGAGACAAGUCAACUGCAAAGAAAACUUCUUUGCGUCGACAAGUAUCUGAUUCCGACCAACUUAGGGCUACCAUAACUGAGAUACCCAAAACCCUAGUUGCCAUGGAUCGUCACAUGGAGCUGAUACACGGAGUCUUGGAGUUAGAAUCUACUAGUGAAAUUAAAGUGAUCGGCAUUUCAGGCGUCACAGGAAUUGGCAAAACUACUCUUGCGAGAUUUAUUCAUCGGGAACUAUCUCCAGUUUUUCAAGACCAUUGCUUUCUUGAGACCUCGAGAAACAACAUUCUUGAUCACAUCUCAAGCACCCAAGGAAGCUACAAAACAAGUAUUGUGAGCAGCCUUUACAAGAAACCAAUCCCAGCAUUUCAAGAUCAAGGCCAUGUCAGCCGUGCAAAGCUUCUUUCUCCAACAGGUCUUAAACGGAAAGAACCAUCGACUAGUUUUGACUUGGUCUCUGAUGGUAAAAAGACAAGGUUUUGCAACCAGAGAGUUCUGGUCAUAGUUGACAAUGUUGAGACUAUUGAACAAUUAGAUGGAAUCAUGAAGGAUGUGAAUUUUCUUGGCUCAGGAAGUAGAGUGAUAAUAAUCGCAAAAGACAAGAGUUUGCUCUUAGCAUGUGGAGUUGAAAAUGUCUACGAAGUGGACUGUCUCAAAUAUGACGAAGCUCUUGAGCUCUUCAGCGGAUGUGCCUUCAAGAAGCAGUAUCCCCCUGAAAAUUUUGAAAAGCUCUCGGUCUGUGCAGUCCGGCUUACCGGCUGUCUUCCUUUGGGCCUUAAGUUACUCGGCUCUUUUCUCUGUGGCAGAACAAAAGAGGAAUGGGAAUGUGAACUCCAGAGGCUCGAAUCAAGACAAGAUCAUGAAGCCCCUGUUGAACUAUCAGAGCUUAGCGCACAAGGCAAGAACUGCUUUUCCUUCAAACUAUUCCAUAUCCCACAAUCUAUACAUCCAUUAUAA